AUAACUCAUAACUAACGAAACAAGGAAAGGAUUCCUCUUUACUUCAUAACGAAAUAGCAAGGGAAUUGUUGUGGUUUCUAUCCACCGGCCUGCAACUAGGGUUGUGAGGCUAUUAGAUAUUUAAAUGUGUAAUUCGCACUCCGACCUGAGAAAGGCAGCGAUACCUAAUACUGCAUCUAGUCUGCCGGAAACGGACAAGAACAAUACGAAGUAGCGGGGUUUAGGAACUUGGAGGGAACUUCAACACAGGAAACCAAGAAAGGAAAUCGAAGAUGAAUGUGUAUUUGUGUUUAUCAAAAUUGCAAAACAUAAAUAAAUAUACGAAGCCGAUCAAUCACAAUUAUAUUGAAUCCGAUGUGCACGAGAUCUUCGAUUGCAUGAUUUUAGUUCGGUAGCUAACGUAAUAGCUUUGAUUACCAGACGAAAUAUUGCAAAAGUACGCUAGUCAUGCAGCAUCGAAGCAAGACCAGUCUGGUAACACAGCUGUGCAAAGCUGUGAAUGAUGGAGAACCAAGAUCCGUCCAGAUUCUUCUCGCACAAGGAGCAAAUCCAAAUCUCGUCGGAAGCAAAGGUGUUGCUGCUGUGCAUUUGGCAGUUGGCAAAGAGACUGAGAAAAGUAUACGCUGCCUGAAGUUAAUUCUACAACAUGGGGCAGACCCCAACAUCAGGUCUUCGGAUGGCUUGACACCCCUGCACGUAGCAGCAGUAUGGGGUUGCUGUCAGAAUCUCAAACUGCUGCUAAAGAAUGGAGGGAACGCAAACUUAAAGGAUCAGGAAGGGAACAAACCAGGCGAUCUGGCACAACAACAGGAGAACCACAAAUGUGCCCACCUCCUUCAGGAGCACCAGUCUCAGUCCUCGGACACAGAGGAAGAUCUGCCUCAAUUCCAAUACUCUGUUUACAAUGGCCAAGGUGACGCCGCGUCAAGCUACACUGACUCCGAAGACUGCAGUGUUAUUUCUCACAGCAUGUCCUUGCUGAGUGACUUUGGGGAGGGCCCACUGAGUAGCACGCAUCAGACCUCAUUCUUUGAAUUGUCUGCUAUUAGCAACAGGCACAGUUGGAGAGGAGGAUCCCUUUCAGGGGCGUCUGAUUAUAAAUCUAACCCUCAGGUGCGCCACACCAAUGAGUGGGACAUGGACUCUGACUGGGAGCCUCCAUCAAUGUUAUCCAGCACUCGUAUGUCCAUCGCAGGUCCUAGAGCCGCACUUCCUGUACUUCAGGAGGAUGUACCACUCACUGACUGCAGUGCGCUACAUCUGCCUGCAAAUGGGAACAGACUCUCUCCUCAGUUGGACCACCUCCCGCCCUGCUUUUCACGACGCACGAGCCGCAAGAGUGUGAGCUUCAGAGAGGAAGUGGACGAAUACUUCCCUGUUUUUAGUUCAGAAUCUCUGAGGCAGGAGCCAGCGGGUAUUGCCUACUCUAAAGACUGUACUCUCGACUUCUCUGAAUACUCUGAGUUCCUGGAUCCAGAGCGCAUGGCCACCGUCCUACAUCACCAGGGGAUCGACGUCACGUCCCCUGAACAUGUGUUUGUAUUCUCCAAGGAUAAUAAUGAGUGCACUGAGAUUGACAUGGAAAAAACAGUUGUUGGACACUUCCCAUUUGAGGAAGAGAACGGAGAAGUGGUUGAGAACCAGGUAGAAGAAGUGAAGGUCCCUGAACGAGCGUUAUGUGUUUCUGCUAGCAGCAGCAGCAGUAGCAGUGGAGCUAGUAGGUACAGCAGCUGUGAUAGUGACCAUUACAUUACGACCCUGGAGGCGUCCCCCAGACGGGUCGCACCCUCUGAAGAGGAGCGUAAAGUGAGAAGCAGAGGUGUGGAAGACGACAAACACACACAAAAUCCAAUGAACACUAACCAUGUAGAUACUGAUGAAACUCCCAACAGCUCAAAGAGGUCAAAACCAGCCAUGGAAGAACUACCAGGCAUGGUAGAUAACCUUACACUGACUGACAAAAUAUCUCCAACCAAAGGUCCAGGUUGUGAAGAGAUAUUUCCAGAUGCUGUCUUAGCGGGUAAUGGUGAAGAGUUGUCAACAAGACCGACUGAAUGCACUCCCAGACCGACUGAAUGCACUCCCAGGCCGACUGAAUGCACUCCCAGGCCGACUGAAUGCACUCCCAGGCCGACUGAAUGCACUCCCAGACCUGGUUCUACUCAAGCAUUGGAGGAGGACCUGCCUCUGACCCCAAGUCCCUUUGUCACUGGUAGGACGCACUCGCGGCUGAGUCGCUGUUCGGUAAUUAGCAGCAAGACCCCCGAGAGCCUCCUCUCCACCUCCUCGCUGUUUGAGCAGACCUUGCCUACGCCGACACGCACACGCCGCCAAAACAUCAAGUCGCAAGGCAGCGACAACGUCUUUUACGACACGCCGUGCGGUCGUAGUCGCACCCCAGUCUAUUCUGGAAACAGGACAGGUAGUACUUCCGGGGACUCAUUUGUCAUCUAUGAGAGCCAAGAGCCUCAAUCUAGCACUCUCAGAGCUGACAGAGGUCAAGGGUCAUAUGUCAGUGCCAGCCAAGCUGACACCCUCAUCAUCGCUAAGGACGACAGAGGUCAGGGUUCAUAUGUCAGUGCCAGCCAAGCUGACACCCUCAUCAUCGCUAAGGACGACAGAGGUCAGGGUUCUUGUGUUAGUGCCAGCCAAGCGGACCCCCUCAUCAUCGCUAAGGACGACAGAGGUCAGGGUUCUUGUGUUAGUGCCAGCCAAGCGGACCCCCUCAUCAUCGCUAAGGACGACAGAGGUCAGGGUUCUUGUGUUAGUGCCAGCCAAGCGGACACCCUCAUCUCUAGAAUCAUGGCCGACACAGUCAUCAUAACUCCAAGUUUAGCUGACAAAUUCUCUUUACUGGAUCGUUACUUUUUAAAAAAUCCUCACAAAGAGACUUUACCCACUUACCUGAGAAAAGAUGUUCUUGAAGGUGGUGAAUUUCUAACCGACGAUUUGUCCAGCUCCAGUGAUGCAGUGACCAAGGAUGGGACAGUUGGUAGCUUUGGGCCAAGAGUGGAGGAAUCCUGGACCACAGAGGACUCAAGCUCAUCUUUGUCAAGUUCUCAGACUCCAUCUUCAUCCAGCUCCAGUUACUUCUCUCCAAAAAGAGAUCAGCCCCCCUCGACCCCAGGCACUACCCCACGCUACAGCAUGAGCCGACUCUCCCGCUUCCACAAACCCCAGCGGCUGGCCAGCCUCUCCUACACCCCAGGCGGACGUCCUCUAAUACCAGACCUGGAGGAACCGGUGGAGUACCUCUACACGGACACGGAGCAGGGUCACGAACUGAUUGAGACCCACGUCCCACCUGCGGCCAACACCUCACUCAGCUCCAGCAUGAGCACGUCCAGCAGCGAGGACACAGUGCUGUACGACUGGCGCUCCCUGCAGGGCGGUGGAGGAACGGUGGUCAAAGGGAAGGAGAACCAGGAGCCCGUGGUGACUCAGGAGUGGUCAGAGACCAAAGGCCUGACGGACAAGGAGCUGAGACGCAGGCUUGUGGAGAUGGGAGAGAGUCCGGGACCCAUAAGUAACCGCACCCGGCCUGUGUACAUCCAGAGGCUAAGGCGGCUGUUGCUGGAGCCGGCCACUCAACAACAACUGUCGGACCAACCCCAAGGUCCUGCGCAGGGACACAGUCCAGAGCUGUGUGUAGCCCUGCGGACGUUGGUGCUGCCCGACUGCCAGGACGACGAGCUGGCGCUGUGCCAGCAGUUUGACCAACCAGACCAGAACAGGAAGUGGCGUGAGGGCGUCAUCAAGUCCUGCUUCAACUACCUGCUACUGGACCCCAGAGUAACAAAGAACCUACCGUAUCGGAGUCAUUCCAUGAGCCCUAUGGAUUGUUUUCAGACUUUCAUCAGUGCUAUAUUCUACGUGGGCAAGGGCAAGCGCUCCCGACCCUACAGUCAUCUGUACGAGGCUCUAGACUACCACCGAGGAGAUAAGACUUCUAAGAAACUGUGCUCCAAGGUGCAGCACAUCCUCCAGGUCUGGAAGGCCGAACAGGGGGUGAUCUCUCUGCACUGCUUCCAGAACGUCAUCCCUGUGGAGGCUUACACGCGUGAGGCCGUCAUGGUGGACGCCAUUGGAUUGAAGAUGCUGACCAAUCAGAAGCGAGGGGACUACUACGGGGUGGUGUCCACGUGGCAGUUGAAGAGGAAGAGGGAGCUGGGGGUGCACCUGCUCUACAGGGCCAUGCAGAUCUUCCUGGCUGAGGGCGAGAGGCAGCUCAGACCUCCUGAUAUCAGGGUGGGACAGUAGUGACCCCCAGUGGGUAGAGUUGGGUACUGCACCAACAGAAAAUGAAAGUGUUUAUUGAACAAGGUGUUGACUAUUUUGCUCUAUUCUGACAAAACUUGGGUUUAAAGGUCCAAUGCAGCUGUUUUUUUUAAUCUCAAUAUCAAAUCAUUUCUGAGUAACAAUUAAGUACCUUAUUGUGAUUUGUUUUUAAUUAAAAUGGUUAAAAAGGAACAAAAAUAGCUUCUUAGACAAAGAGCAAUUUCUCAAGCAAGAAUUUUGAUAGGGCUGUCUAGGAGUGGUCUGAGUGGGGAGAGGAACAUUGAAAAUUGACUAAUUUACAGCCUGUUGAUGUCACCAGGCGGGCCAAAACUCCAUCCCACCAAGACAGGCUGACAUUUCAGGCAGUCGUUUCAGACAGCUCUCACACUAAAAGGGCAUUAUCAUAAUUUUCACAAUAUUAUUUCAGGCUCAUAGUGUGGGAAUUUAAUAAAACACAGGGCAACCACAUUUUUGAGUGUACUGGGCCCAUUUAAAGUGUAAAUGUUUUACUUAUUGAUGUAGAAGAGAUUGGCUUGUUGGAACACGGGACCAAGAUAUAGGUCAUUUUUCUAUACGUUUUUGUGACCAUGUCGUACCAGGGCUCCUCAACCAGAUUCACCUUGGAGCUCUAAUGGUUGUCAUUUCACCUUUCUGUCAGCUCUCCAAUCUCCUCGCCUCCUUCUCUAAUCCCAUCUCCUCGCCUCCUUCUCUAAUCCCAUCUCCUCGCCUCCUUCUCAACCGCAUUGGAAGAGAAGUUCCAAGGUCCCUCCUGUCGGACCUUCUUCUCCAAAACGUUUUUAGAAGGAGCCGAAGAGAGCAUUGAUGAAUCGAGGAAAGGAGAAUUGAGAAAGAGAAAGAAUUAGUCACUGGAAGAAAGACUGAUAUGGAAAGCUUGUCCACUUACCAUCAGUUAAAUAUGUACGUCCAUUAAAUAUGAUGCAAAUACAUGUAUUUCUUUAGCAGGAAAACCAUUAGGCUUGUAUUGUUAGUAGUAUGAUCAUGUUGUAUGUAUUUGUAGAUAAAGUUUACCACCAGAAUGAAAGCACUAAAGGAAAAAAAACAUUUUUUUUUAAAGAAUCUUGUCACAACCAAUGUAUGUCUCUGGUCAAAACACUGGGUGGAAGGAAAAACACAUUUACACACGUUUCGAGGAUUUUGUUAUUUACCUCGGUCAAAUCAAUUACAGAUAAACUUGAUUUAACUAUUUCCCUUUUAACAAGAGAUAUCAUCAAUGCAUAGUUAAAAUGAAGGUACCAAACAAAUGUCAAUAUCAUUGGCUAUAUGCCUAUGCCGGUUGUGCUAUGUCAAACUGGCCAAAAGUUUACGUGUUCGAAUCAUCUCAUGCACAGAAUCUUUCAACUGUCUUCAGACGAUUUCAUCAAUGUAGCAUUCUUUUUCUUUGUAUGUAAGGAUUUUCUUUUAUAAAAACAAAAAUACCGAAGUAA